UGGCAGAGCUGGCAUUCGUCUAGCCGCACGCAGUCUCCGUAGGCAAGACAUCCGCGCAGCUUGCACCGCUGUGUGCAUGCAUUGCAGCCGGGACAAGGUCGUGACACGUAGCCGCCGGUGAGAGGUGCUCUCCGACCAGGCUGGCAGUGCUCUGUAGCGGUUAACCGCACCAGUGCAAGCAUCGAUGCAGCCGUUCGCAUCGCACACCAGCACGGAUUGGGUGCUCGUGACCGGCCAGCCCGGCUGCGGCAAGACCACGGCCGUCAAGACACUCGUCGACGAGCUGCGAGCGAGCGGUGCAUCGGUCCGAGGAUUCUACACUGACGAGGUGCUGUCCGGUGGACAGCGCGUCGGCUUCGACAUCGUAACGGUGCCGGACGGCCUCCGUGGACCACUCGCGCGCAAAGGCGCGGCGGGCCCGAAGGUCGGCCAGUACGGCGUCGACGUCGAGGGCUUCGAGCGCCUCGCGCUGCCGACGCUCGAGGUUGACGACGACGACGACGAUAAUGCCACAAUAUACGUCCUCGACGAGAUCGGCCGCAUGGAGCUCAAGUCGGACGUGUUCGCCGGGCGCGUCCAGGAGUUGCUGGCGCGGGGCGUGCGGCUGGUCGGCGCGAUCACGGCCCCGAUCUACGGCCACCGCGUCGCGUUCUGCGACCGCGUGAGCGCGACGCGCGGCGUCGCCGUCCACAAGCUCACGAGCAAGACGCGCGACGGCGUCACGGCCGAGCUGAUGCGGUCGCUCGAGCGCUGGGAUGGUUCUGGCUCUGACUCUGACUCAGGGUUCGAGACGGACCGCUUUGCCGACCAAAGGUUCGGCGAGAGCGAGGAGGACGAGGACGGGAACGUGACGUUUCCCCCGAAGUCAGGCAAGCGCAAGCGUACUAAGUGAAUUAUGUGUAGGAUUUUAC